AUGCUCACUGUUGCCCACCUUUUCGCAUUUGCAGCGCUCCUGGGCUAUGCUUCUGCCCAUUUCCAGCUCACGUACCCCGCCAGUCGAGGGUUUGACGAGACUAAGGAACCGACAGCCCCAUGCGGCGGGUUUGACACUGUCGGCGAACGGGUGCCGUUUCCCCUAGGUGCAGCAUACAUCAAACUCGCGAGUGAGCACGAGCAAGCCAAUGUUCGCGUAAUGAUCUCGUUCAAAACAAACCCGACCAACAUCUCCGACUUUACAAACUCCACGACAGGCCAAACCCAAGCCCCUGUGCGUGACUUUUUCCAAGUCGACGGUGAAGACAUUUGCAUUGGAGUAAAUGUCAAGUCGAUUGGCUACCAGAAUGUCACAGAGGGGACUCCAGCAACUCUAGCUGUCCAGUAUGCAGGCGGCGAUGGAAACCUGUUCCAGUGUGCGGAUAUUGUUCUAUUGAGCAAUGCGACGAUUCCAUCUAAUGUGACGUGCUCCAACGAGUAUAAUGUACCUACUGGUACAGGAACGGGUGGCUCUAGUGGAACUCCCACUGCAUCAUCCUCCACGACGAGCUCGACCGGUGGUACCGAGCGAAGUAUCUCGGCAGCAACUGGGGCCUCUAUUCUCGCUCUGAUAGGCCUAGUGUCGUCCAUGCUCUAA